CUUACGCAUGCAUACACACACACACACACAGGCAGACACAAACACACACGCCCGCACACACACAGCUCUGAGCGGUGGGUGGAAUGGGAGGAGCCUGUCGGGUAGGGUUGAGCCGUGUACUGUAAGGGUUUCCAGAGCAGCAGACAGGGGGCCGGCCCUACAAAGAAGGAAUAGGGGAGGAGAGAGACGGCACACGGGGAUAGACAGCCUCAGAUAGAGGGAGGAAAAAGAGAUAGUCAGACAGCGAGAGAGAGGGAGAGAGAGAGCGAUACAGAGAGGAGCCUCUGCACACAGUCUGCACACACAGGAAAGCCUACCGGCACAGCAACAGCAACAGCGGCAGCAGCAGCACCAGACAGAGACUGAAGCAUAGCCUCGCGUUUCUUUCUCUCUCACACACACACACAGACACACACACACACCAGCAUCUCAGCCACAACUACGGCACUGCUGAGAGCUUGGAGGGUUCUGCAAUAGGACUGGACCACUUCAACACCAGCCUCCGUCAUUCAGCACAUUUCUUGAAAAAGACAACUACCAUUGCAUAGGUUCUUUUUUGUUAAGAGCAGAGAGAAGCAUUGAUGUGAAACAAACGUGGUCUUCAAGUGUCUGGCAAUGGAUGACAACAGGGAGAACUUUGUAUAGAGCUGACAUCUGCAACAUGGUUCAACAAAGGUGCCACAAAUACUCAACAGCCAUGGACAGCGAUUCAACCCAAGACAUGUAUGUGGGACUGGGUGCUGAGGAUGGAGAUGAUGUUUUUGAGCACGUACCCCCCAACAAGGACCCAAACUGGUGCAAGACCCCUUCUGGGCACAUCAAGAGGCCCAUGAAUGCCUUCAUGGUGUGGUCUCAGAUCGAGAGAAGAAAGAUCAUGGAACAGUGGCCAGACAUGCACAAUGCCGAAAUAUCCAAACGGCUCGGAAAGCGCUGGAAAGCGCUUCCAGAUUACGAGAAAAUCCCAUUCAUCAAGGAGGCUGAAAGACUUCGGCUGAAGCAUAUGGCCGACUACCCUGACUACAAGUACCGGCCACGGAAGAAGAGCAAGAGCUCCACGCCGGUCAAAGUUGGGGAGAAAGUCCCAAUGAAGGGCAGCAAGUCCCACCGUUCCAACUCCUUCACCAGCAAAGGGCUCAAAAGCAAACCGUCCUCCUCUUCCUCCUCCUCCUCCUCCUCCACCUCCUUCAGACACAAAGUGAACUUCAGCAGCAAUAAGUUCAAGAGCCACAGCGAGAGCACCAGCGAUGAUGACACAGUGGAUGUAAAGGUGUCCAGCUCGACCGAGCUCUCGCCAAGUGACCCCAGCCGGACCAGCCUGGGCGUCCCCCACCACCACCACCAUCACCAGCAGGCUCUCGGGAUCUCCAGACGGGAUCAGCUGCCUGCCUCCCAGCUAUGCGUCAGCCUGCCCCACUCCUACCCGGUAGGGAGCCCCAGCCUCCCCCCGGACAGUGCGACCCAGGCAGGGCUGGACUCCAGGGCCCAGAAGGAGGUCUGUAGGGAGCCUCACCCCGGAAGGUCCUCCUCGCCCACCUCCACCAGCUCCUCCUCUUUUGUGUCGUCGUCAUCGGCCUCUGCCUCAUCGGACGAGGAGCUCGACGAGGAGAUCUUGCAUAUCAUCUCCAACACCAACUUUGACAGCAUGCCCAUGGACUGCUCUUCCCUGGACAAGGACUUUGAGGCAUUCCACACCAACUCAGGAUCCCACUUCGACUUUCCUGACUACUGCACCCCUGAGGUGAACGAGAUGAUCUCCGGUGACUUGCUCGUACCCAGCAUUUCGGAUCUGGUGUUCACCUACUGAGGGGUCAAGGCCAACUGUGGCUUGUUCUUUGUUUUGGUUUAGUUUUGUCUGUUCGUUUGUUUGUUUGUUUGUUUUGGUUGCCAUCAGACCUGCCUACAGUACUGUUCGUACAUACCCAUGGUCUUGGGCCAUUUUUUUUAAGUUCUUCUGAACUUGGACUAUUCCUUUAGCCAUUGAUCUUUCUCAAUGAAUUCCGUAAGUGCUAUUGCUUUUAAUUUCCCAGCAUGUCACAUCUUGUGAGCUUAGACGGAGGCAGCACAGGCUUUGCAAAGCCUUUUACCGGAGUUUAAAUAUUCAGACACUCUACAGGUCCCCAGAUCCCCCUUACACACACUUAGGGUUGGGAAGGUUACUUUUGAAAUGUAAUAGGUGACAGAUUACUAGUUACCCUGCUAAAAAUGUAAUAAGUAAUGUUACUAUCUAAAUGACUUCAUCAAAGUAAUGUAAGUUAUUACAUUUGAUUACCUUUUGACUGGCAGACGAGUGGCGUUACAAUUUCAAACAAGAGUUCCAAUAAUAAAACAACACCCAAAA